AUGCAUCAACGCUCGUUCAAACACGGCACCACCAGCACCAAGACAGCCCUCUUGGGAAUGUUGAUGGCUGCGCCGGGGGUCUGGGUGCAGGCUGCUCCUGGCGUUAGUCUUGAUGCUGUCGUGGCCAACAAGCUCGAGACCAAGAGCCUCGAUGGUUCUUCCAUCAUUGCCAACAAGCCAAAAGGUGACGACGAAGAUGACCCCUGGUUGAUGCCAGCCAACAAGUUCUACGACAACUACCUGGACAACUACUGGGCAAACCGCAACCAGUCUUCUGUGCAUGGGCGGUCGUCGCUGGCGGGCAUGGCGCACAGGAAGCGGACUGUGCCGAAGUAUGAUUCUGCCCUCUACUGCGGCGUCUUCGCCACCGGUUAUAAAGAGGACAUCUCCGCUCUCCUCUGGGACUUCCACACCAAAAAUAACAUCAUCCACUACAUCGUCGGCUGGCGCGAGUGUCGGCGCGUAGCAUGCAAGAACACCAGUGGUAUCUACAUCUGCAACGACACCACCCAAACCGUGCGCGUCACGGGGGAGCGCAUUUAUACCUUGGGCAAGAUUCCCUCUGACAACUGCUGCCACCAGGGACCGCCGGAAAACCCGACAAAGAAGGUUGGACAUGGGAUGAGUGGCCAAAAGUUCACGGGGACCGGGUUUAAUGUCAUUGUGGCGUAUGCGAAUUGCAAUAAGGGCGAGUGGGACUAUCGACCGCAGAUGGGCCCGGCGGAUAAUCCGUGGGGACCGAAUUUGGAGUGUUAUACGGAGUUUUAUGGGAUGAGUCCGUCUCCGACGAAUGGGGAUGUGGUGACCAAGAGGGGGACGACGGAACUGAAAGAGAGGAAGUGGGAGUUGGUGGAUGAUGGGACGGGGGUGAUGGAUUUGGUGGAGAGGGAGAAUACUCCUGUCAAGGAGAAUGAAGUUGGUGGGGAUGCGGAUGUGGUGAAGCUGGAGGAGUGGGAGAUGACCAAGAGGGAGGAGAAGGCAGGGAAGAGGUUUGAGGCUUGA